AUACACCCCACGACGUGCGCACGCCACUAACAUGCUCGCUAAGUUGUUGUUGUUAUGCUGUGCGUGUGCGGGCGCUCUGGCGCGGCCGGGGAUACUGGACGGUAUCGGCUACGCGGCUCCAGCAUAUGCAGCGCCAGCUUAUGCACCAGCUUACGCUGCGCCCGCGAUUACUCACGCUGUGGCUGCACCAGCGUACGCUCCCGCUAUCGCACACACAUACGCUGCACCCGUCGUUAAAGCAGUUGCAGCUCCGGUCGUACGUGCCGAGCCCGUAGACCCUAAUCCAGCUUACAGCUUCUCAUACGGAGUAGCAGACCCCGCCACAGGUGACCACAAGGAUGCUUCGGAGACGCUGCAGAAUGGUGUGGUGCACGGAUCUUACAGCCUAGUGGAACCUGACGGCCAUGUCCGUAAGGUGACCUACACUGCUGACAAGAUCAAUGGAUUCAACGCCGUGGUUGAAAGGACCGGAGCUGCUGCCCACGCGGCACCAGUAGCAGUUGCCGCUCCAGUAGCUAAGGUUUACGCCGCGCCUGCGCCUGUGGCGGUGGCUGCACCCGUCGCGAGGUACACCCUACCUGCUGCCCACGUUGGCGUUGCCCACCCGUGGGGUUAAACCCACUUACUACGACCACAAAGCGACCUAACAUCUUGCUGAACGACUAGAGGAUUGUUUAUGGAUUAGAUAGAUGUCAACUCUAGAUUGAUGUAGAGAGUUUUCUAAAAAAACAAG